AUGGGGUUAUGGGCCAGGAGGGUAGACUUCAGCUACAAAUCUCACAGCUCUGCCCGCCGAGAUGGUGGGAUGGAGGGAGGAAGCUAUAGCUGUCUGAAGGAUAAUGCCCCAGGAAACCUCAGCCAGCCUGCAGGGGUUGCCCUGGGUGCCUCUGUAGGAAGGGGGCCUGGGGUCCUCUCUCCUGAUGGGUGUGCUCUGGUCUCAGAGUUCAGGAACCUCCCCUGUGGAGAGGGCCGGGUGUGUACCAGACACAUCUCCACCAAAUCUAAUGGGGUGACAUUGACCAAAGGACUGAUGGUCUUGGCCUCAGGUCCCUUUCCUUUAAAAUAG